CUGGAGGUGGGAUUAGAAACAAUCCCAACUCCGUUUCUGCUUCCUGAAUUCUGUGAGUGGAAGGAAGGCUACGAAUCGGGGUUGCCCUCUCGUGCCGCGGCGGAUGAGGGCUCCCACACUCCGAAUCGUGGGCACGGGCGAGAGAGUUUGUCCCUGACAGCCCCGCCCUCCGGGCGCCCUGUGUACAAACUCAGCUGAAGCGUGUGAAGGGAGGGGGCGCUAAUCCGCGGGAAGACCGAGUUUCCGAGCGGGAGGAGGAGGAGGACGACGACGAGGGGCGCCUGUGCGCGCGCGAGGGGCUGGCCAACCAAUCCACUCUCCAGGCCGGCCGCGUCCGCUUCUCGGCCCUUGCGCGCCGGCCCACCCACGACACGCCCCGCGCGGGCGCCUCCGUCUGUUCCGUCCCGCCCCUGGAGCAGCCAGACACGUCCCACCGAUGCCGAGGAGCCCGCGCCGCGGCCCGGCCGGCACUUUCGUUGGCUGCCGCCGCUGAGGGCUCCUCCUCUGGGGCCGGCCGCCGCCGCCGCCGCCGCCGCGUGUCUGCCCUACGGAAUGGUGCCAUGGAGCGGCCGUCGGGGGAGGCGCAGCGUCCCGAGCCCGAGCAGCCGCCGCCGCCGCCGCAAGAGGCGCCCCUGGCCAGCCGGCUGCUGGUCUCCUUCCAGUACGUGCACGUGCAGCUGGCCGGCGGCGCGCCCUGGGGCUUCACCCUCAAGGGGGGGCUGGAGCACGGCGAGCCCCUCAUCGUCUCCAAGGUGGAGGAUGGCGGGAAGGCAGCCUUGUCGCAGAAGAUGUGCUCCGGGGAUGAGCUGGUGAACAUCAAUGGGACCCCCUUGUAUGGCUCUCGGCAGGAGGCUCUCAUUCUCAUCAAGGGCUCUUACCGCACCCUCAAGAUGAUCAUCCGUAGGAGGAACGUGCCCGUCAUCAGGCCCCACUCAUGGCACCUGGCCAAGCUCGCCGAGGUCCGGACUGAGGCCGCCACCAUGCCCUUCCCUGCCGAUGCCUUCAGCCUCUCCUGGCCCUCGGGAUGCGACACAAGUGAGCUCCCCUUGGCGUGGAACCCCUUGGCGCGCCACGGCAGCACAGACAAGAGCAGUUCCCUCGGGAGCAUGGAAAGCCUGGACCAACCUGGCCAGACUUACUACGAGGGCAGCCUCUCCCCCAUCGACCAGGCCAUGGACCAGAACAAACGGGACUCUGCCUAUAGCUCUUUCUCGGCCAGCUCCAACACCUCCGACUCUGCCCUGAGGCCUGAGGAGAACAGCGCCACUGAGAGCAACCAGCCAGGCCAGCUGCUGGACCCCCGUUACCUGCAGACGAGCAGCGAAGGCGGUGAGGCCGCGGCUGGAGCAGGCCUGCAUUCCGUGGCUACCCAGCCAGCCUCCUGCUCUCGGGAAAGCCACUGUCCCGGCUCUGCUGAAGCCACCUCCACCGCCCCUCCCCAGCCCCCUGUGAGGCAGGACAGCCUGCGAGCCUACAACCCGCUACCAGCUAGUACACACAGGAAGGAUUCCCUGCACCCCAAGGGCCGGUGGAGCUCAGACACUUUCCUCUCCGUACGUGGCAGAGAGCCUGAGGGGCCGAGUGGGCAGCUGGCCACUGCGGGUCACACCAAGGAGCCUCUGCCCACUGACCAGUACUACUUGCUGAGCUCUCACACCGACCAUUACCUCCCUAUGGAGAAGGAAGCCCAAAGCACUGAGUCCCUCCUGCACGAGGAGAGCGGGGGGAUCUCCUUGGACCAGCCUUGCCAGGGCACGGGCAGCCAGGCAUCCCACGAGGCCAAGCCAGCCAGCCCCAAUGGCUGCCCGCCCCCCUGGAAGGCCUGCUGGCCAGGAGCGCUGGGUCACCACCGGCACAGCGCCCCGGAGCAUUUGCUGGCCGCCCAGCUGCAGGCCCUAGAUGUCUCCCCCAGCCAGGAGGACCCUCGCUGGACGGUCUCUCCACUGCACAGGGAACAAAAGAGCCCCCAGGCCCCAGAGUCAUGGCAGAACCAGGGCUCCCCUGGGCCGGCAGAAGUGCCAGGGGAAAGCUCCUGUUCCCCGGCCCACAGCCGCACAGGGCCAGAGAGACCCAGGAGCGCCUCAGUCGAGUUGGGCCCUUCCCUGUCACUGCACCCUGCUGGCGAUGCUGGAGCAGGGGGCCUCAAGUCAGCCCCCAGCAUGGAGACCCUGAUGGAGGGAAGGCGGGACGUGGAAGGGAGCCACCUGGCCACCAGGAAGGGGGGCCCAUCCCAACACCGCUCAGCCCAGAUGCGUCGGCGUAGUGACCGCUUCGCCACCAACCUGCGGAAUGAGAUCCAGUGGCACAAGGCCCAGCUGCAGAAGGGCAAAGGCUCUGCUGUGUUGCUGGCUGGGGAGGAGCCGGUCCAGGAGGCAGAGGAGCCCCCUGACAGCCCCUCUGCUCUGCCCCCCCCUUCCCCACCGCCCCCUGCACCUUGUCCUCCUUCUCCGCCCGGCAUGGCCCCAGGCAGGGCCAUCCCCCCCAGGCGCUGGGGCUCUGAGCUGAGUGUCUUUGCGGGAGGGAGCACUCCUCACAGCCCCAGCAGGGCAGCCCCAGAGCCCAAGUGGAAGGCCCCCGUGCCAGAGCCCAAGGAGCCGCAGAAGGCUCUGUCGCCACCUGUGGGAGGAGGGCACGGUGGCCGCUGGCGUUGGUCACCGGAGCACAAGCUGCAGCCGCACAGUCGGAGCUUGCAGGUGGCUGAGCCGGGCUCACCUUCGCGGCUUCCUGAAGAGGAGUCUGGCCUCCUGCCGUUCGCUGACCGGAGAAAGUUCUUUGAGGAGACGAGCAAGGCCUGGUCCUCUGUGCACUUCAGCCGCCAGCGCGGCAGGCCGGUGGGGUUGCCACUCCCCAGGCCGGCGGAGCACAGCACCUUCCAGCCAGUCAGCUCCGAGCGCAAGGACCAGCGGCGCCACUCCGUGGACCAGUCUUACAGGCCCUCAGUGUCUCCCCCUGCCUACCAAGACUUCCACACGGAGGUGCCCGGGUUCUACAAGCCGCUGGCUCAAUGCGGGGGGGACUGCGAGUGUUGGCGGCCCCUGCCCUGCUCAUGUGCUGCCCGAGAGGCCUGCGCUUACUGCGGUGGGGACAGGUGCUCCACCUUGCACCAGAGGAACGUGCCGGCAGCACCAUCCAGCCACUGUGCCCACCACUGCUACCCUCGCACCUGGAGUCGCUGCGGUGACUGCUGUUGCCCGGCUCAGCACAAGUUCUUGGAGGACGGGGGCUCCUGGCGCGCUAGGAAGACUUUUCAGGCGGACUUUCCUGUGGAUGAAUGGGAGCCUCCAGCAAUAAACAGGAAGACAAGCCAGUCGAUGAGCGAACUUGCCCAGCACAAGACAGGCUUUCUGAGGGUCAGCCCCUUCUGGACCUGCUUUGAGGACACGGAGCGAGAGUGGCCUCCUUCCUGCCGCGCCGUCUCCACACACAACCUCUCCUGGGACUGCGAGAGGCCUGGGCGCGCCUCGGAGGCCAGUGAGGAGGGCCCCGAUGAGCCGCACAAGCACCCCCUGCGUGAAAGGGCCUACUCAGAAAGCCACCUCUGCACGGAGGAGCUGGCCGGCACUUCUGGGAGGGAGAGGCGAGAAGCCCCCCUGGCGAAGUGGGAGGAGCCUCUGCGUGCAGCCAAACAGAAGGGCCCACCCCCUCCACGGCCCCCACCCCCAAAGUGGGAGAGGUACCGCCCCCGCCGUGCCUCCCACAGCCAGCUGCUUCCCCCCAGGGCCGGCCUGUGCCCCCUCCUAGAAGACUCCCGCGCCCUUGGCCAGAGCAGCAGUGAAGCAGCCAGGCAGCGGUCCCAGAGCCUCCCUCUGGAGCAGCUCUGGGAUGAGGCCGGCCGGCAGCCCAGCCCCCGGCCUGGGGAAGCCCCCUCCCCUGUGGAGCAGGGCACCCUCCGCUGCUCCUACUUCCAUCAUGGCUCCCCACACCGGACCCCGGAGUGGCCCAUGCCGGAUGCGAGUGACAGGAGCAGGUCUUCCAGGCCUGUGAGUUCCCUGGAGGAGGGAGCAAUACCUGAGUCCCCGUGGGACAAGGGGCAGAACAGAUUGGCCAGAAGAACACCCGGCCAGACGCGGAGCAGCAGCCCCACCGGUCUGCCCUCUGCAGAGCAGGCAUCUGUGCAAGAGGGCCCCCAAGGGGAGAGCUGCCCCCCAGGCAUGGUGGCCCCAGCCCCUCCCUUCCGUCUGAACUCGGAGGAGCUGAUGAGGGACGUGGCGGGCAGGGACCGCUCCCUGGCCGGAGUGCUGAGCCCCACCUUGGGGCAGGUGACGGCGGCUGAGCUGAUGGGCAGCCUCUUCUCCCCUAGUGAGGGCCUUGCAUGGAAGGGGCAAGACUGGCGCCCACAGACGGGUGGCGUGGUGCUCCCUGAGAGGCAGCAGAGCCAGCCUGUCUCCCCAACCUGUGCGGGGGCUGUCAGCCCCACCACCUGUUCGGCCUACUACAACAUGUCGGCAGGGAAGGCCGAGCUGCUGAACAAGAUGAAGGAGCUGCCUGAGGGGGCUGGAGCCAGUUUGGAGGAGGAGGAGGAGCUGGACCACAACCUGGCCCAGAAAAAGGUGCAGCUGAUUGAGAGCAUCAGCCGGAAGUUGGGGGUGCUGCAGGAGGCUCAGCGGGGUCUGCAGGACGACAUGAAUGCGAACGUGGCACUGGGGAAAGAUGUGGAGAGCCACGUCAAGAGAGUCUGCAAGCCGCACGAAUGCGAGAAGUUCCGCCUCUUUAUCGGAGACCUGGACAAAGUGGUCAACCUGCUGCUGUCUCUCUCGGGGCGGCUGGCCCGGGUGGAGAACGCCCUCAGUGGCCUGGACUCAGAUGCCCCUGCAGAGGAGGAGAAGCUGGCCCUCCUGGAGAAGAAGCGGCAGCUGACGGCGCAGCUUGAGGACGCCAAGGAACUGCAGGAACAUGUGGCCCGGCGGGAGCGUCUCGUCUUCGCCAGCGUCUCGCGCUGCCUGCCCAGCGAGCAGCUGCAGGACUACCAGCACUUUGUGCGGAUGAAGUCGGCCCUUGCCAUCCAGCAGCGGCAGCUGGACGACAAGAUCAAGCUGGGCGAGGAGCAGCUGCGCUGCCUGCGAGAGAGCCUGCGCAGGUUGCCCAGGGAGUACUAGUUGAGGCCUGCCCGCUGGCGCACCUUUGCUCUUGAUGCCACCCGGGGCCUUCUUGCCCUCAGGAUAAUAAUGAUCGUUGCCAAAGACCGCCGUGCCAGAUCACUGCAUCCCCACCCUCCGUGGCUGGGGGAGGAUGAGGGGCUCGCCAAAGCACCCUUUGCCGGGAAGACGAUGCCUGCAGCUGGGAUCAGUUGUUACCGCUGCGCAGGAAGAUGGUGCUGGGAUUCCUGGAGCCACACUGGAAUGCAGGCGCCUGCCCUCCCUCUCUGCCAGCCUGGAGAGGACUGUCCUGAGAGAACUCGCUGCCUUCUGCCCUCUGGGGUCACCCGUGACCUAGCAAAGGAAGCUCUCCGGAGCCUCCCUCCCUUCCCCCAUAAGCAGUGGUGUAUUCCCAGGUGCCUCAGCUUACUUCACAGCCAGGCUGUGGGACCUCACCUUAUGUGCCUUCUCUUCCUCCUGCUGCAGUUUUAUUUAUUUAUCCCUCUCUUAGAGUUGCUUUCCUUAACUUAAGCGAGGAAUUGUGCUAGGUAGUGGGUGGGAGUGGCUGUGACCUGUUGACGUAGAACACAUCCUUUUAGGCUGCUGGCAUCCAAUGCUGCCCACGAAGCCCCUGAUACAUGUGGCAGCCACCGAGGAGGCUGUGCCCUUUCCCUGCCUCCUGGGAGGGGCUUCUCUGCAAAGGGGGUGCUGGGGGCGAGGCCCUGAGCAUAGAAGCCGUUGCUGCAGCUUCCUCUUCCUCUUGUUCCAGGGAGACACCCUCCCCUCCCCCCCCCCCCUAAGUGCCUUGAUCUAAAGUAGCUCUUCCUCGUUCAAGGACAGGAAAAGACUCUCUGCCUUUCCCAGCAGAGUUUCUAGCUGGGGAGGAGUAUUGAAAGUUGUUUUGACCAUUAACUCAUUUCCCACACUUCCAUGUAGGGAAAAAGUUGAAGAACUGUUUGUAGAUCACCCUCAUUGUCUCUCUCUCUCCCUCUCCCUCUGUGUCCCUGAAGGUCUGAGCUCACGCAAGCAGGCUGCAGCCCCCGCCCCCCAGGAGCCUUUAAAGGAGCUGGUGCACUUUGCAGAUCAGCCGCAGCUCUCUUGAGCUGCUGUUCAGCCUCCCAGCCCCAGAAUAAUAAUAAUUAUUAUUUUAAAAAACCCUUCCCACUGAUACAGCCAGCCUCACCUUCCCCCCACCCCACAGCUGUGUCUUGGGGGGGGUCCUAGACCGUGCCCAUUUAAAAGGAUGCAGACUCAGUGCCAGCAGCAGUAUGUAUGCCCUAAGCAGGUGCAGCCCCUUUCCUUGCAGAAGCCUUGGUGGGGUGGGGUGCGGUCUGCAGUGACCCUUCUUGAGAGAUCCUUGCCUGCAGCCCAGCUCUCUCUGGGUAGGCCAGGGCUCAGGAUUACGUGUGGGCUGGGGAGCUCUGCUGCAGCUGCCAGCCAGACUGGGCCCAUCUCCCCAUACCAGUGCCUUAAUAUGUGCCUGUCUAAUGGACACAAAGGGAGGGCCGCCCACGCUAGCUUGGGUAUAAAUCCCCUUUUCUGCCUCCUCCAUAACUCCUGCUUGCAAACCAGGCUUGGGAGGCCUUUUUUCCAUAUCCAUGCUCCUCAGAGGCAUUGCAUGGACUGGAGUUUAACUUUUACCAGCAAGGAAGCUCCUUUUAGGGGGAGAGGGGACUGCUAUGGGCACCACUGUGUUGACUGGAGGGAGCUGAUGGUGUCUCUCCCCCCCCUCCUCCCCCACCCCAAAGCACAUGUUGCCAAAGGAAUGUGCUGGGUUCCUGCCACAGAUAUUCCUGCCUGACAUCCUCUUCCUCUGCAUUGUGUUUGGAACAAUGUUGGAAGGUCUGAGCUUCUCGGGUUAACCCUCUCUGUGCUCUGCUGCCCUGAGCCCCUCUCAUGCCAGAAAUAGUCCUGCCAAGGCCUGCAAACUAGCUGCUGUGGCAAGGAGGGGGGAUUUCCUAGCUGGCCCUACCGGCUGCUUCGUGGCGUGGCUGCUGUGGAGGGCUGGAGGGAGCCGUUCCGUGGCAGGGGCAAAGUUACUAGCUCUCAGGCCCCCAGAGAGCUCCUGCCCCAGUUGGCCCCCUAUGCCCUGAGACUUCACUCUCAGCCUAGCCUCUCUUGUGCAGGAGCGUGCAAAUGUCUUUAGAAAGGAGAGCCCCCUUGGUUUAGAAAGAAAGCCGGUCUCAGUUGGGAAGGGCAGCAGCUUCUGAUCAGCAACUGGGAAGAACCAGGUCUUGAACUCCCCCCCCUUUAAACCACCAGAGGUGCGUCAGUGACCCCCAGCUGUUGUGGACUGCAACCCCCAUCAGCUGCAGCCAGCGUGGCUCUUGGCAAGGGAUGAUGGUAGUUGUACUCUAACAGCAUCUGGAUGGCCUCAGGGAUCCCCCUCCAUGCUUUUAAACCAUCCCUACGGCGACCUCACAAGGAGGCUGCUAUCUUUGCUUCCCACCCCCCGGCCUCCUCUGCUCUUCAGCACAGCAAUAAACAUCCUCUGCAGAGCUUUGCAUGUUGCACAGAGCGAGACCCUUUUUGCUACCUUCUGCCAAGCAAGUGCCAGAAAUAUCUUGACAAACUCCUUUGGCCCAGAGGCAGAAAAAGGGCACCUGAGUGGCCCACAGCUGCUGCCUGCUGUCAGGGAUUGCCAAGGCAGGAAAUGCUCUCUUUGCCUGGGUCCUGCUGCUGCUGCUGCCGUGGUGUGUUUUGUCUUACAAAUGAGAGAACAUUCCUGGAAUUCGCAUCGUGAUUGAGCAGAAGGUCCGGUGGGAGCAGCGCUGUCCAGCACUCGUUGUAAGGCAGGGGGCGACCCCUGCAAAUCCCAUGCAGGGCUGUGGGUCACUCCCUUGGAGGAUGCAGCCUGCGGCUAUGUUUUGCACAGAGGUGCAAUGCUGCUGAUGUUCACAGCCCUGCAAUGAAAGUGGGAUUCUGCCUGACCUUUGAGCAAAUUUGAAUGCCUGCCUUAUUUUAACAUUUUGGAGUGCUGCUUAGACAUCCUUGCCCUUGAAAAUAGACUGUAGUUUGAUCUUUGGUCCCUGUGGGCAUUCUGCUUUAAUCUCUGCUGCCUGUGGGGCUGGGAACAAGUUCCCGGGGGUCAGAUUCCCCUCCAUUCUGGUGUUCCAUCGCUUAUUGUUUGGUACUGCCAAGAAGAGAUGGACUGUCCCUACCGGUGCUCCCAACUGCAGCCUCCACAAACCGUUUGCCUUCCUGUCCAUCUUUGCCAUUCCAGGCCAGGCUGCACAGCUGCCUCCUGCCCAAACCAGCCCCCCCUUCCUCCUCCUCCUCCUCCGUGCAGGUGGAGCCAAAGUGCCAACUCUGUAUGUUGCUAUGUUAUUAAAUGCAUGCAUUGCC